CAAUCAUUUAUAAAAGCUACAUGUAUUAUUAUUUAUUAUUUAUUAUGGUAUAAAACAAAUAGAGAGUUGUACAUUUGCGUGCCUGUGAAGAUAAAAGGCUGGAAAGGCCGAAAAAUGGUCUCGUUAUUCCCGUUGGCCCAAAUUAAACUCGGAUUACGGCCGAUCUCUUCUGCUUCUGCCUCCGGUUUCACUCGACUGUCUCAACGAUUCUACACAACAACAAGAAGCACCACCUGCUCCUCCCAAACAUCAGCUAUGGCUGCUACCGAUACGAAAAAUCUGCAGCCUCCUGUAGCUAAGAAGGUGAAGCACGAAAUGGAAAUGUUUGGAGACGUUAGGGUUGAUAAUUACUACUGGCUUCGUGACGAUUCUCGUUCCAAUCCUGAAAUCCUUUCCCACCUUCAACAAGAAAAUGCUUAUACUGAUUUCAUCAUGUCAGGAACCAAACAUUUGGAAGAUCGGAUUUAUGCUGAGUUAAGAAGCCGGAUUAAAGAAGAUGAUAUAUCUGCACCUGUUCGAAAAGGCCCUUACUACUAUUACGAGCGGACUUUGGAGGGCAAAGAGUACGUACAGCAUUGUCGGCGCCUUGUAGAAAACAAUGGGGAUGUACCAUCUGUUCAUGAUUCCAUGCCAACAGGACCAGAAGCUCCUCCUGAGCAUGUGAUUUUGGAUGAAAAUGUUAAGGCUAAAGAGCAUGCAUAUUACAGCAUUGGGGCUUUUAAAGUCAGUCCAAAUCACAAAUUGGUAGCAUACGCAGAAGACACUAAAGGAGAUGAGAUCUAUACCAUUUAUGUCAUGGAUGCUGAGACUUGCACACUUGUUGGUGACCCCUUGGUUGGUGUAACAAGUUAUCUUGAAUGGGCAGGUGAUGAGGCUUUGCUAUACAUCACCAUGGAUGCGAUUCUCAGGCCAGACAAGGAUGUAAGAACUUUUAGUGAUCACCUUGUUGUGUAUGAGCGUGAAAAGGGUUUACCUCGGGUAACCUUUUAUCCUCUUCCACCUAUUGGUGAACCACUUCAAAGUCUCCAAGGUGGCCAAUCUGUUGAAUUUAUUGACCCUGUUUACUCAGUGGAACCAGCAGAGUCACAAUUUUCUUCAAGUAUAUUGAGAUUUGAUUAUAGCUCUCUGAGAACACCCCCUUCUACAUAUGAUUACGACAUGAAUACAGGAGUUUCAGUUCUGAAGAAAAUCGAAACAGUAUUGGGUGGUUUUGAUAUCUCAAACUAUGUAACCAAAAGGGAGUGGGCAGUUGCUCGAGAUGGGACUCAUGUUCCUAUAUCAAUUGUCUACAGAAAGGAUCUGGUGAAGCUUGAUGGGUCGGAUCCAAUGUUGCUGUAUGGAUAUGGAUCCUAUGAGAUAUGUGUGGAUCCUUGUUUCAAAGCAUCAAGAUUGUCUUUAUUGGAUCGUGGUUUUAUAUAUGCAAUUGCUCACAUUCGUGGGGGUGGAGAAAUGGGGAGGAAGUGGUAUGAAAAUGGGAAAUAUCUUCAUAAGAAGAAUACAUUCACAGAUUUUAUCGAUUGUGCAGAGUAUCUGAUACAAAAGAAAUAUUGUACGAAAGAAAAACUGUGCAUCAAUGGAAGAAGUGCAGGGGGGUUGCUUAUUGGUGCUGUUGUGAACAUGAGACCCGAUUUAUUUAAGGCUGCUGUAGCUGGAGUACCAUUUGUAGAUGUUGUGACUACAAUGCUUGAUCCAACUAUUCCUCUUACAACUGCAGAAUGGGAGGAAUGGGGUGAUCCUCGGAAAGAAGAGUUCUACUUUUACAUGAAAUCAUAUUCACCAGUUGAUAAUGUAAAAGCUCAGAAUUAUCCAGCCAUACUUGUUACUGCUGGAUUAAAUGAUCCACGUGUACUUUAUUCAGAACCUGCUAAGUUUGUUGCCAAGUUGAGAGAGAUGAAAACAGAUGAGAAUGUUUUGUUGUUUAAAUGUGAGAUGGGAGCAGGACACUUCUCCAAGUCAGGAAGGUUUGAGAAACUCCAAGAGGAUGCGUUUACAUACACUUUCAUAUUGAAGAUUCUGAACAUGGUUCCUAUCAAGGUGGUUGUAUAAUUGGGAAAAAUGGCUUGGAUUACAAUUGGAAGCUUCUUCAAGAACCUGUGAUGUCAAAAGGGUGAACUCUGAAGGUCCUCGGCUUGUUGAGUUAGUCAAAGGAGCAUUCCAUCAUCUAUGUGAUAACAUAAGACUUUGUUUUACCUUGAGUUGAAUGUCUUUUAGGGAUUAGUGAUGUCUAAAGAUAUUCUUUAGUUGAUUUAUAUGAUGAUGAGAGAAAUCUCUUUGCACAUCUGUAACGGUUUUUCUUUGAAUUCAGUUUACCAAAUUAUACAUAACAACCCUAUUGAAUGGUGAAUCUAUUCAAUCUAUCCAAUCGAUCCAUUUAUUUGAUUCAUCCAUCUACUCUAAACUUGCAAUAUCAAGUAAUUUAUCAUUGUAACUAUGACCAUUUUUAUAUAAAUGAUGAAUA